AGCCAGCACCAACUGAUUCUUUAAUGACCUCUACUGCAGCAAUUAAUUUCAUCUCAUCUCUUUGUGAAUAAGAAGACAGAAUGAAAAACUUGACCUUUCCUACAGUUUUAGUUUUCAUCUCAUUUCUUCAUACAGCUUUUCAGAUGCUCGACAAGGAAAUAUUCUUAAUAUUCAAUGAGGAUACUAAGUUCUGUUUAAUCGCUCAGAGUUCUGAAGCAGUCACAACAGCCACUUGCAAGAAAAACAAUGACUUACAAAAAUUCAGGUGGGUCUCUGAUCAUCAGUUAAUGAGUGUGGCAUUUGCACAAUGCUUGGGAGUGCCCUACAAGAGAAACCAGGCUAAAAUUUCUCUGUACCCAUGCAACAAGAAAAGUGAAUUCCAGAAAUGGGAAUGCAGAAGUGCAGCCUUGUCAAUCCAAGGGGAAGAUUUAUUUCUCAGUGCUGGCAAAAAAAAAGAAAAUAUUGCACUGAAAACAGCAUCAGAGGCAACGGAUAAAUGGAAGAUCUAUGGAACCACGGAUGAUUUGUGUUCUCAAAGCCAUGAAGACCUGUUUACACUGUUAGGAAAUUCCAAUGGCGCUCCAUGUGCCUUCCCCUUCCUGUUGAGUGGAAGAUGGUAUGCUGAGUGCACAGCUGCUGGCAGGUCAGAUGGCUUGUUCUGGUGUGCAACAACACCUGACUUCGACCAGGACCAUUUGUAUGGGUUCUGUCCAGCUGCUGACAUUGACAGAUUUUGGAGUACGGAUCCUUUGACAGGAACCUAUUACCAGAUAAACCACCAGUCAGCUCUCACAUGGCAUCAAGCAAGGAAGAGCUGUCAGCAACAGAAUGCCGAAUUAUUAAGUGUCACAGAGAUACAUGAACAAAUAUAUCUAAGAGAUUUGAUUGACAACAAGAGAUCUUCUCUCUGGAUUGGGCUUAACAAUCUGAAUCUCAACAGCGGCUGGCAGUGGAGUGGUGGCUUUCCCUUCAGAUACUUUAACUGGGCACCAGGAAGCCCUGAGCCUGAGCCUGAAAAGCUUUGUGGAGUACUGAACCCCAGAAGAGAUGCUAAAUGGGAAAACCAGCCAUGUGAGCUGAAACUUGGCUAUAUCUGUAAAAAGGAAAAUUCCACAAAGGAUCCUUUAGUUCUUCCAUCAGAGCCUGUUAAAUGCCCAGAAGGAUGGUUGCCCUAUGGAGGUCACUGUUUCAUGGUUCAUAGAGACCCCAAAGAAUGGAAAGAAGCUCUAAGUUCCUGCAAUGAGAGCAAUGGCAACCUGGCCAGUAUCCACAACCCUGAGGAGCAUGGCUUCAUACUGUCUCGGCUUGGCUAUAGAGCUGUGGAUGAGCUGUGGAUUGGCCUGAACGACCUCAAAAUUCAAAUGUACUUUGAGUGGAGUGAUGGGACUCCUGUGACAUACACCAAAUGGUUGCCUGGAGAACCAACCCAUGAACUCACUGGCCAAGAAGAUUGUGUUGUUAUGGCAGGAAAGGAUGGAUACUGGGCAGACAGUGCCUGUGACAGGAAGUUAGGCUACAUCUGCAGGAGAGACCCAUUACAAGGAGUUUCUGGGACAGCAAAGACUGAUCCUGCCUGCCUGAAGGGCUGGGAAAGAUACAGUUUUUACUGCUACCUGGUUGGACAUACUUCUGUAACAUUUUCAGAAGCAAAGAAAACCUGUGAAAGGAGCAGUGGUUAUUUAACAAGUAUAGGAGACAGAUAUGAGCAAGCCUAUCUGACCAGCCUCAUUGGUCUGAGCUCUGAGAAGUAUUUUUGGAUUGGUCUCUCAGACAUGGAAGAGCAAGGGAUGUUCAAGUGGGUGACUGGUGAAGGUGUUCUGUACACAAACUGGAAUGCAGCAAUGCCCGGGAAGGAGGCUGGUUGUGUUGCCCUUAGGACUGGAAAUGCAGCUGGACUAUGGGAUGUUCAGAACUGUCAAAUAAAGGCAAAAUUUCUCUGCAAAAAAUUGGCUGAAAAAGUCACUGUUCCUGUUGCUUCUGAAACCAUUUCUGAUUCCAAAUGUCCCUUGGGUUGGGAUACAAGCAAGAGCACUAAUUCAUGCUUCAGAGGUUUUGUGAGAGAAGAAGACCAAAAGAAAACAUGGUUUGAAGCCCGAGAUUUCUGCAGAGAAAUAGGAGGAGACCUGGCUGCCAUUAGAAAUGAAGAUGAGAAAACAGUGAUAGAAAACUUAAUACAAAAGAAAUCUCCAUCAUUUCAGCUUUUCUGGAUAGGUUUGCAGUUCUUCGAUCCUGAUGGUGGGCUUUCCUGGAGUGAUGGCUCUCCGGUGAUUUAUAAAGCAGGAAACUAUUUUUACGAUAAUGAAAUUCAAGGUUGCGGAGCAAUCAGAGAAAACUCCUCCCCAUCAUGGAUUAAGGAGCACUGUGAAUACAGUCAUAACUGGAUCUGUGAAAUUAAGAAAGGGACAUCCUUGAAACCAGAACCUCUGGGCCCUUCUACCACAUAUGAAGUCACAGAAGAUGGCUGGAUUGUAAAAGGAGACAAACAAUAUUUUUUCAGCACAGAAAAGACCUCUAUGGAGAAAGCCAGAACAUUUUGCGAAAACAAUCAUGGAAAUCUUGCUACUAUUGGAAAUAAUAGUGAAAGAAAAUUUUUGUGGAAAUACAUCUUAAAAAAUGGCAAACUGAACUCAUAUCUUAUAGGAUUAUUCCAGAAUGCUGAUCAACAGUUCAGUUGGAUGAGUGGAAGCCCAGUGCACUAUGCAGCUUGGGCACGGGGUGAGCCCAACUUUGCAGGAGCUCAAGAAAAUUGUGUGGUUUUAAAUAAAAAAGAUGGCUUGUGGAAUGAUGUCAACUGUGGUUUUUCCAAUGGCUAUAUCUGCGAGAGGCACAGAAGUUUUAUAAAUGCAACCCUGCCUUCAGCAGUACCUUCAACUCCUGGAGGAUGUCCUGCUGAUUGGAUUUUAUUUAAAAAUAAGUGUUACAAAUUUUUUGGCACUGGCUAUCAUGACUGGAGUACUGGAAGAAAAGUUUGCAGGAGCCUUGGAGGAGACUUGGCAAGCAUACCUAAUGAACAAGUUCAAGCUUUUCUCACCUACCAUUUGAAGGAUGUUUCAAAUGAUGUUUGGAUUGGCUUGAACGAUCUGCUCCAUGAGCUCAGCUUUGUUUGGUCUGAUGGAAGUGCUGUCUCAUAUACAAACUGGGAUAAAGAUUCCCCAAAACUUGUAGAACCUAUUUUGUAUGACAGUCUGCAUCCAGAAGAUGGCCUAAAUCGGCAACAGUUUGAUUGUGUUUCUCUGAAGAGAAGUCCUGCUGAUGACACAGGAAAAUGGAAUAAUGAGGGGUGUUAUAACUACAGAGGGUGUAUAUGCCAGAAGGAUAGCGAUCCUGGACUUUUUAAAUCACCAGCAACCGUGCUGGACUUUGGUUUUGACCCUUCUAGUGGGUUUAGCUAUUCUGUCACCCAUUCCAAAAUGAAUUGGGAGGAAGCACACCAAAAAUGCAAUAACAAUGCCUCAGAACUCGUCAGCAUUUUAAACCCAUAUAGCCAGGCACUGUUGUUCCUACUUGCCAAGGAAUAUGGAGAGCCUCUGUGGAUUGGUCUUAACAGCAAUAUGACCAAUGGCAAGUAUCAAUGGAUCGACAAGUGGAGUUUAGUUUAUAGCAAGUGGGCCAGUGGAGAACCAAAGCAGACAUUAGCAUGUGUCUACCUAGACACUGACGGCACCUGGAAGACAGCUUCUUGUGAGGAAAAAUUCUUUUCUGUCUGUAAAAACUCAGAUGUAAUGGCCCCUACUGAACCCCCACAAGUUCCUGGAAAAUGCCCUGAAUCAAGAGGACACAAAUCUUGGAUACCUUUCUCUGGUUACUGCUACUACUUUGAGGCCUCCAAGAAAAGAAGUUGGUCUCAAGCUCACGAGGAAUGUGCCCGACUAGGUGCUGAUUUGGUAUCAGUAGGAGACUAUAGUGAAACAAACUUUCUGGCAGAAACCAUUAAGAUACUCCAUGGAAAAUCACUGAACUUUUGGAUAGGGCUAAAGAAAGUUGGCAGAGAACAGUGGGUAUGGAUGGAUAAAUCUGCAAUGGAUUUUGUCAACUGGGAAGUGGGAGAACCAUCAAACAAAAGGCUUAAAAACUGUGGAGAGCUGUGUGCAUUGACUGGCUUCUGGAACACCAACAUCUGUUCUUUCAAAAAAGGCUACAUCUGUAAAAAAGUUAAAACUCCUGAAAACAAAGAUAUGUCAACAGAAAAUACAGAAGAGAAAAUGGAGAAAGCACUUUCUGCUGGUAUCAUUUGGCUGUUCAUUCUUCUAGCCCUUUCUAUAGCUGGAGCUGGAAGUGUAAUUUAUUUCUGCUUGAGGAGGAAAAGACAAAAUCUGCCAGAUAUUUCAGCCAGAAUGAGUGGAUCAGAAGCAACUGUGGAUAUUCAAGAAAAAGAUGCACAUCCAGACAUGUAGUCUGACCAAAUGCCCAUGUGAUCCAACUACAAAAAACCAGGCUAUAAAUCUGUGAAAUCUUACCCUAGCUUUGUGUUUUCCUACCCAGACAAUAGUCUCCUUUCUUCUCAAAUACAUAGUUCAUGGAUUUAUAUAAAUACACACAUACUUCUUUCAAAAUUCCUUCCAAGGGGUUACAGUGUUGUUUAGUCUCGGGAGUGUAUAUGUGUUUUUCAUAUAAAUGGUCAUGGCGGAAAAGUUGGCUCCAGAGGUGAUAUGGGGAAAGUCUGACAGAUAUUUACUCUGUGGAAAUUACUUUAUUUAGCUUAGUGUAGAAAUUCUCCAUUUUUACAAACAGGACAAAUCAUUAUUCAUUACUUUAAAUUAUUUUUCCCUGUGUGUUACUUCAGUGGUAUCUAGAUUAUGACGGGAAUCAAAUAAUUAACUAGGCUGGAAAAGACCUUUGAGAUCGAGUCUAACCUAUGAAACACUACUCAUUUCAGGUUUUCAGCUUCAUAGUUUAUGACACUAUGUUUUCAUUCAUGUAAAACCUGCUAUGAUACCCGCAUCUGUGCAUUAAGUAUUAUUUGUUUGCCAAAAAAAGAAAAAAAAAGAGAAAAAAAAAAUAGACAGAAAAUUUAAGAGGUUCAUUUAAUUUUACAUCCAGUCUGAAUUUUUUAAUUAUGCCAUUUCCUAUGGCCUUGCACUAUUCUAGUAUUCUGCAAAUACAUUUAUUUUUCUGCAGUUCAAAUUAAUAACAAAGAUAGAACAGGAGAUGACCUUGCCUUUGGGUUUUAUUUCAGUAAAGAUCCUUCUAGUAUGCAGAGCUGCCCUUUUUUAAAUCCAAGCAUGCAUAUAAAUGGCUGUCGUAUAGUGCAUUUUGUAAUUCUUUGGGGCAGAGAUAUAAAAAUCACUGAUGUACAUUUUGAAAAUACAUUAUUUCUUUUUUGUUGUGAUUUUGUUUGACAAUAUACUGCCUGGACCCUUCUCAGCUCUCCUUCCAUUGUACACAGUAGCAGAGUUUGCCUCAGGGGGCAGUUUAUCAUUCUGCAGGCUUUAAGACAUGCAUCACCUCUCCUGAGGAACGGGAACACCUUUCCCCAAGCCACAAGAGGGCAUGUGGCACUAACAGGCCUCAUUGAAGAAGCAUAUGGAAGAGCAGGACUAGAGCAGAUGAGCUUCAACCAAAUGUAUAUAUUGAGGAACAGACUCCUUCUUUGGCCCUUCUGUCAGAAUUUCUCACUCACUCACUCCACGUGCUUACCGCCUCUGAUUGACAAAAAGAUGAGGUCACACUAAAAAUCUCUGCAAGGGAAGAAAAUACCUGGAAUAAGUGGAAUAGGUUUCUGCACCAGGAUAUCUGUGCCUGUGCCUGAGCAGCUUGAGAACACACCUGAAUUAUCUCUAUUAUUUACAUUUCUUCUAGAUAUCCAUCAAACAAUAAAGGCUUCUAACUGAAAA